AGGAGUAGAGAUGGACGCAGAAGAGCCUGUUGCUGCUGCUGCUGCUACAAAACCAGUGCCCCUGCGGAGAGUGGAUCUGUCUGCAUGUCCGGACCCAGGAAGAAGUAGCACUGACUUCCUUGCCGAUGCUGAUGCCGAUUCUUCUUCUUCUUCUUCGUGAUGACUCCACUCUUCUCUUUUCUUAUCUGCUCUUGUUUUCUUCUCUUCCUGCGUCUCGAUCGAACCUGCAUCCCGGAAUGAAUGCGAUUGAGUUGAGCACGAGAGAGGGGACUGAUUUAUGACAGGGUAGUGGUGAUCACGUCUCGAUCGUUGCAGGCAGAGCUGGAGCUUGUGGGGGGAGGAGCAGCAGUACUGUGGUGGAGUGUGCUGUUGACGACGACUUGGGGUGAAGUGCGGAUUUAAACUGAGGGGUGGUUUUUGAUUGAGGGCCCGAUGGUGAGGGGUGGGUGAUUGAAGCAAGAGAGGAGGGGGUGGGGGGUAGCAAGCUUGGAUCCUAACGUCGGGGCCGUUGCAGCUGUCGAUGAUCUUGGAGCCGAGAACUCGACGUGUACUGGGAUGGAUUCUGAGUAAGCGUAGAAGCUUUUUGGCAGCCUGUGGUGGUGGCCCCGUGAGGGAGAGAGAGUGUGUGAGAGAGAGAGUGUGAGAGAGAGCGAGCGAGAGGGACAGGCAGACAGGAAUGGGUUUCAAUCACCCCCAGUCACCAAUGUGUGCGGACUGAUUCAUGGUCUCUACACACCGACAUUCACAGCAUCUAGCCCGCCCCCGCCCAUGCCGCGGAUUGUAUAUGUUUCCAGCCUACGGAUUAGAUUUCGUGAUCAUGUGUGAUCUCUCGAGCGCAUCCACGCCGUGUAGGUCUCGUCAGGCUUGUGGGGUCCGUGCAACUGGAAGCUGGCUACACUGUGAAGGCUGAGGCCCUGAACCGUGUUCUUCGAUCACAAGCUGGGUUCGGUUUCCUUUGGGUGUUAGCGGCUUCCUUGAAGUCAAUUGUGAAAGUGGUCCGCAUUUUUCUGUUAGAUAUCAGCUUAAUUGUUCCGGAGGUGGUUCCGUGAUUAACUGUGAAAUACAGUAGAGUCAUAGUCGCUCUUGGACCGACGCAGGUUCGGCUUGGCUUGUUUGUUUUCACAGGGAAGAAUAACCUAGCUAGCGUUCGGUGGUCAUCCGUGGAGCUCCUCCGGGGAAGAGAAAUCUGCAAGUCAGGGUCGCGAGAAUCGAGUGUCGUACCAUGGAUUCCGAGGUUUGUGCUCGAGUUUCCGAGAGCACCCACAUUGUCGAUUUUGUGACCAACUAACGAUUCACCGCAUGGCACACUGGUGUUAGGCAUCAUGGAUUCGAGACAGGGAUUGUCGACCAUGAACCCCAUGCUGCUCCAACACGCCUUGCGCAGCUUGUGUACCGACCAGCGGUGGGUUUAUGCUGUCUUCUGGCGCAUCUUGCCCCGCAAUUACCCCCCUCCCCAAUGGGACACCCAAGCCGGCAUCAUGGACAGAUCCAAGACUAACAAACGCAACUGGAUCCUGGUUUGGGAGGAUGGGUUCUGCAACUUCCCGGCGUGCAGCACUGCGGGGACAGCCAAUGAGGGAUUACGAGGCAGCUCCUCCUCCUUCCUGUCAACGCGACAAUUACCUCGCGGCAACGACGCCGACAGGCCGGACACCAUGAAUCCGGAGCUCUUCUUCAAAAUGUCGCACGAAGUCUACAACUACGGAGAAGGCUUGAUGGGGAAGGUAGCCGUAGACAAUAGCCACAAAUGGGUGUACCGAGAGCCCCUUGAGAACGAGAUGUGCUUCCUUUCUCCUUGGCAAGGCUCCCUGGAUCCUCAUCCGCGUACCUGGGACGCACAAUUCAAGUCAGGAAUUCAGACAAUUGCAGUGGUGGCAGUGCAGGAGGGCGUGCUUCAACUAGGUUCUACCCAAAAGAUCGUGGAAGAUCUGAUCUUCGUCUUGUACAUGCAACGGAAGUUCAACCCAUUGCACACCGUCCCCAGCCUGUUUGUGCCCUCGCAGCCUGCAUCCACGGCAGCAGGAGAGGGCAAGAGACGGACCAACGAGUUAUCGUCAGCAAUAUGCUCUAACGGUGGAUACCACCACGGCCAGUGGAGCAUGCCAGAGUAUGAGAGAGCACUCCCAAUGCCAAAAGGCCAUGUGAACGGAGCGCAGUUUCUGACUCCUCGAGAGCCAUGGCGCAACAGCGCCGCCGGCACGAAGCGACCUUCAGAGGCGGAGCCGUGUGCAUACACGAGCGGCAGCUUCGAUCCGAGUCGGCCGGAAUGCCCAUCUCUCCCAAAAGCUCUAAACACGGGACACGCGAGCCCUCAAGGUUCCACACCCCAAUCCAUACCACCAGCGUUCCGCCCUUCCAUGUCGAGCCUUCAAGCAUUGCUGUCUAAGCUUCCGAGCGUGAUGUGUCUAGAAGCGGUGGCCUCCACAGGAUUGCACCCGGGCAAUGGCUUUGCGGUGGCGAAUUUUACCACCAAUCGAUCCCCAUUUCCACUUCCAGGUCCGGUGGCAUCAUCAUCCAAUGGUCAUGAUCUGCCUGCUAGUGUGGCAAGGUCUCAGAACGCGUCGCAGUUCUUAGAAUCGUUCGAUCACCUCGGGGAGUUCGGGAUCCAGGAAGCGCUGGAGAACAGCGACUCCAGCUACAACUCAUUCCUCAAUGAGAUUUGCAGCUGAUGAAACUUGAGGCAGCCAGCACUGUACAAUCUGCCUAGGGUAAAAUAAUCUCCCAGCGACGCACUUUCAUUCAACUUGGCCGCGCUUUGGUGAUGCGCACACACUCUCGACGAGCUAUCUGAGUUUAAGAUGUACAAAAAUAACACUGCUAGCCAGCUCUUAGCAUGGUAGCCAGGAUCAACAUAACUGUAACGAUGUUGAAGUUAGUUCUCCCCACCACCCCCUCCAACAGAACUAGCAACUGUAAGAUGGUGCUCAUAUCGUAGCCUGGACGUAGAAUUGGGAUUCGUUGUACAGCUUUAGAUUGAAUAUGACCGCGUUGAGUUUAUAACCAGUGAAUGAAUAACUAGGACCAGCUGUGAUUUUGUUAGCGUGUUGCGUGCCUGUCAAAAAAAGCCUGGGCUUCAAAUUGAGUAUAAUAUGGUCUUUCUGAGCCGAAGGUGUUGAGUAAAGAGCCUGUUUUAGUUAAA